AUGUUAAAAAAAAUUGAUUAUCAAUUACCAAAAAAGGAAUUAAAAGAAAAAAACAUAAAUAUUAAUAUUAAUCCAAAUGAAACAAAAGAUAAAGAAAUAAAGGCAAAUGAUAUAAAGUAUGAAUUAGAGUAUGAUAUUGAAUCAUCAGAUAUUGAUAUAUCAAAUAAUAAUAAUGAAAGUAUAUCUAAAACAACUGAAUCAGAAGUAGAAAGAUUAGCAGAAAAAGUAGCUAAAUAUUUCAAUAAAUCAAAAAUAAGAUAA